GGAUAAUGGGCAAUGAAAUCAUCACCGUUACUACGUCUGCGUGUUCGCUACGUCCUUUGCGCCCUGGUACAUUUUGCGACACUUGCUGGACUCGCUGUGCAGGGAAUGCGUCAUUAAGUGGGGAAACGAUCCAAACUCAGCCGUCCGUCGUGCCAAGUGCAAUUUCUGCUCCCAUAGACAUCGAAAGCCCGAAGCGGAAACGGCAUCAGUCAGAGUUCACUGGAGGAUCUCCUUCACAGGCAUCUUCGAAUUUCUGGUCCGCCGCGGCAAAAGAUGAUCUGCAUAUGUGGAAUAGUGAGGAUAACGUGGCUUCUAGUCACGCCGAAGGUUCUUCGACCAAGCGACCUGGGAACGAGCUUCAUGAUGAUGGACGGAUUUUGUGCACUUGUUGGUGUCAAGGCUGGGCCGAAAUCCACAUUCGAAGACCUACAGGAAGCACUUCUUGGGCCAUGAAGAUACAAAAUUCUGCGAUUCGAAGUUCGUCUCUGUGCAAUGACCGCGUUCUGGGGGAUAUAAUGUCUCAUUUGCUGCCAUCUUUGCGCGAGCGUGCAAUAGAUACUGACCUGGAUUCGGUGAUCCAAUCUGUCGAAGAGAAGGAUGUAAACGUUUCCGUGGGAUCUGUGAAAUCCGAUCUUCUGGAUGCUGAUCCGGUUAAUUCGUCGAGAGAUUCUGUGACGCCUAAAUUCUCUGCUGCGCAAAACGGUAUGUCGGUGGGUUCAAAGUUGAAAGGGGAAACACCCAGCAGCAGAAGUUCGUUGGAAGUUGAUAACGCAACUGCGCUCUUGCAAGGUAUUGAGGAAGAAGACCGAGAUAGAUCUGCAAGCAUUUCAAACUCGCAAGAUUCGUCUGCCGCUGUUGAAAACGCUUUAUCCAAGAGCCAGACAAAUCUGGUAUCCGUGUCCAAGUUAUUGUCGGAUGGUCAUACGGGGAGCAUGCCGGAUUCGUUAUACACCGCCUGUUCGAACAAGUCUGCGGAAGCGUCACCUGUGAGAAAAUCUGCCCCGGGAAGUCCUGAAAUGCAGCAUGAAGACAGUGCUGGGCUUCUCGUCCCAACUUCUUCACGAGUCCUUCAGCAUCGCAACAGUCUACAAACAACCAUGUUAGGUGUGAAACCAUUGGGGAUCCCAUCUAGCGAAACGGCUUUCCGUGAACGAAGCAGAACCGUGAGCCAUGCUGGUCAAGUGGGCAGACCGCGCGGUUCAGUGCUACUCAGUCGAACCGGCUCUACGAAUACACUGGGAAGUGGUUCGAAAGACCCUGGUGAACGUGCAGGAAUCAAUCCCAAGUUCGUAUUUCUUCAGCUGUUCUAUGGAGGCCAUUUGAGGGCCAGUGGUGAUGUUGACAAAAAUGAUGAAAGCGAGCCACUUCUUCUACCGAGGACGAGAGAAGUGGAAAGAUCUAUUAAAAAUCUUGAUAGAAUUUACCCGUACGAAACUCACAAGAUUGGAAUAAUUUACAUUGGGCGAAAUCAGUUGGAUGCAGGACGAGAUUCGGAGAAGGAAAUUUUGUCAAAUGACUUCGGAUCGCCCAGAUACAUGGAAUUCAUUCAGGGAUUGGGUGAAAUAAUAAGUUUGUCGGACAUAGAUACCCGUACUACCUUCUUGGGAGGACUAGACACCGGGGGACUAGAUGGGGAAUUCGCCGUCACUUGGCGAGAUGAGUUGAUGCAAGUGAUAUUUCACAUUGCUACACUGAUGCCUAAAUCCGAAUCCGAUCCCAAUUGCAACAACAAAAAGAAGCAUAUCGGGAAUGAUUUCGUGUUGAUUGUGUACAAUGAGAGUGGGCGCCCUUACAAUACUUCGAUCGUGAAGGGGCAAGUGAUCUACUCAUGGAUUGAAAUCCAACCUUUGCCGCAUGGAUGCAACAAAAUUUUGGUUCAUGCCAGACCGGAAUCAGACGUAAACGUUUCCGUGGGAUCUGUGAAAUCCGAUCUUCUGGAUGCUGAUCCGGUUAAUUCGUCGAGAGAUUCUGUGACGCCUAAAUUCUCUGCUGCGCAAAACGGUAUGUCGGUGGGUUCAAAGUUGAAAGGGGAAACACCCAGCAGCAGAAGUUCGUUGGAAGUUGAUAAUGCAACUGCGCUCUUGCAAGGUAUUGAGGAAGAAGACCGAGAUAGAUCUGCAAGCAUUUCAAACUCGCAAGAUUCGUCUGCCGCUGUUGAAAACGCUUUAUCCAAGAGCCAGACAAAUCUGGUAUCCGUGUCCAAGUUAUUGUCGGAUGGUCAUACGGGGAGCAUGCCGGAUUCGUUAUACACCGCCUGUUCGAACAAGUCUGCGGAAGCGUCACCUGUGAGAAAAUCUGCCCCGGGAAGUCCUGAAAUGCAGCAUGAAGACAGUGCUGGGCUUCUCGUCCCAACUUCUUCACGAGUCCUUCAGCAUCGCAACAGUCUACAAACAACCAUGUUAGGUGUGAAACCAUUGGGGAUCCCAUCUAGCGAAACGGCUUUCCGUGAACGAAGCAGAACCGUGAGCCAUGCUGGUCAAGUGGGCAGACCGCGCGGUUCAGUGCUACUCAGUCGAACCGGCUCUACGAAUACACUGGGAAGUGGUUCGAAAGACCCUGGUGAACGUGCAGGAAUCAAUCCCAAGUUCGUAUUUCUUCAGCUGUUCUAUGGAGGCCAUUUGAGGGCCAGUGGUGAUGUUGACAAAAAUGAUGAAAGCGAGCCACUUCUUCUACCGAGGACGAGA